AAACUAACAAGAUAAGACACAUUUGUGUUUGCUCUGAAAAACAGAAAGCUUCUUUGAGAGUGCACAGACUUCAUACAGUAGGCCAAGCAUUCAUUUUAAACUGCUGAAUCCAAGCAGCUCACAGUAUAUGAUUCAAGUCCAUGCAGAAAAUGGAGAAGAUGGAGAGGACUAUCAGAACAAAGAGGGAGAGGGAGAUGGAGGAAAAAGAUGAAAUAAAACAGGUAAAGAAAGAGAAGGUGCCAGAUGAUUGGCUUGAAGAAAAGCCGCAAAAGACAGCAGAGGAAAGACUGCAAGAACAUAGAGAGAAACGUCAGAGGAGGUUGGAGGAGAUAGAGAAGAGGGAUGAAAAAGAGAAGGAAGCUAAACAAAAGGCUGAAAUGACCAAACUGUGGUUAAAUGACAAGGAGGGAUACCACAAAAAGAAAGAGGAAAUUGCGAGACAGAAAAUGAUGGAGCUCUGGACAUGGGGAGUCCUAGAUGACAGAGCAAUUGAUGAAACAAAUCAAGUAAAGAAAGAGCAGGUGCCAGAUGAUUGGCUGGAAGAAAAUCAGCAAAAGACAGCAGAGGAAAGACUGCAAGAACAUAGAGAGAAACGUCAGAGGAGGUUGGAGGAGAUGGAGAAGAAGGAAGCAAAAGAGAAAGAAGUACAACAAAAAGCUGGAAUAAUCAAACUUCUGCUAAAUGACGAGGAGGGAUACCAUGAAAAGAAAGAGGAGGAAAAAAGAAAAGAAAUGGAAAGACAGCAAAUGAUGGAGGUGCAGAAAGAGGAGGAGAGAAAAAAUGAAACAGAACAAGCAAAGAAAAAAGAGGAGCCAGAUAAUUGGCUUGAAGGCCUGAUGCAGAAGGCAACAGAGGAAAGACUGCGAGAACAUAGAGAGAAACGUCGGAAGAGGUUGCAGGAGAUCGAGAAGAACGAAGAAAAAGGAAGAAAAGUGGAACAUAAGACUGAAAUGAUCAAACUGUUGUUAAAUGACGAGGAGGGGUAUCACAAGAGGAAGGAAAAAUCUGAACGACAAGAAAUUGAUGAAAAGAGGGUUAUCAAAAGUAGGAGGCAGAAGUCGGAGAGAAAAUCUGAAACAAAUCAAGUAAAGAUAGAGGAAGUGCCGAACGAUUGGCUUGAAGAAAAGGCACUAAAAACAAGAGAGGAACGACUGCAAGAACAGAGAGAGAAACGUCAGAGGAGGUUGAAGGAGAUCGAGAAGAGGGAUGAAGAAGAAAGAAAAGUGAAACUAAAGACUAAAAUGGUCAAAAUAAUGUUAAAUGACACGCAGGGAUAUCACAAGAAAACAGAGGUAAUUGAAAUGCAGGAAAUGAUGGAAAACCAGACAUGUGGAAUCCUGGAUGACAAAACAAUACAUGAAAAGAGGGUUAUCAAAACUAAGAGGCAGAAAGAGGAGAAAAAAGAUGUAACGAAACAAGUACAGAAAGAACAGGUGCCAGAUGAUCAGCUUGAAGAAAAGCAGAAAAAGACAACUGAAGAAAUACUGGAAGAUGAUAGAGAGAAACGUCAAAGGAGGUUGGAGGAGAUCGAGGAGCAAAAAGAAAGAAAAGUAGAGCGAAAGGCUAAAAUGAUCAAACCAACAUUAAAUGGCAUGCAGGGAUGCCACACAAAAGAGGAAAUUGAGAGAAAGGACAUGAUGGAGACCCAGACAAGUGUCCAGAAGGACAAAAGUAUAAAGAGGAGAGUGAUUGGGUGGAUUAACAAAAAAAUCACUACCAUAAGAAAAUAAAAAGCCCACUUGUGAGGCAACAGGAGGAGGGAAACCAAGUGUAUCAGAAAUUGUCCCGAGUGGAAAGGGAACAGAGCAAGUGGAGGGACUGAAGACCGAGAACAGACGGCAUGAAAUGGAAGAGGCCUGGCAGUGGCAGAAAUGGGAGGCCAAAAGGGCUGAGGAAAAGGAGAGGACAAAGACAGAAAUGGGAGAGAGUAUGAAAGGAAGAGCUGGCCAUUUCCAGAACACUCUACUUCAUUUUAUUUCAUUUUAGCAUCAUCACAAUUUAUCACCGUCAUCACAUUCACAUUCACAAUCAUCACC